AUGGCGGAGAGCUGGAGCAGUGAGGCUGGAGGAGCUGAUGUCGGUUAGAGGCACAAACCACCCGGACCGUUCACCGAUCACCACCGAUCACCACCGGGACCACCGGGGCAGCCCGGGAUAACGGAGACAAUUACCGGGAACCAGCCGCGGGGACGCGCAAUGGCGGAGCGGCGGCUGCAGUGUUCCUGGAAGAGACACGUCUCAGAACAGCUGAAACUCAGAGACAGAGUCCAGAGACAGGCCUUCGAGGAGAUCGUCCACCAGUAUAACCGUCUCCUGGAGAAGUCAGACUUGCAGGCUGUCCUGUCCGAGAGAUACCAGACAGACAAGUAUGAAGUCCAGAGAGGGCACGAAGCCUGUGCGGCAGACUCGAAUCGGGACAUCCUGCAGCAGGAGGUGUCUCAGAUGAGGAUCCGGCACCAGGAGGAGCUGACAGAGCUGCACAAGAAACGAGGAGAGCUGGCUCAGAGUGUGAUCGAACUGAACAACCAGAUCCAACAGAAAGACAAAGAGAUCCUGAACAACGAGGCCAGGAUGUUGGAGUUUCAGCAACAGAUCACAAACCUGGAGGGAGACUGUCGGGAGCUCCGGAGCUGCCUGCAGGACCUGGAGCGGGCGAACCAGACCCUGAAGGAUGAGUAUGACGCCCUGCAGAUCACCUUCUCUGCUCUGGAGGAGAAACUGAGGAAGACCACGGAGGACAACCAGGAGCUGGUCUCCCGCUGGAUGGCAGAGAAGGCUCAGGAGGCCAACAAGCUUAAUGCCGAGAACGAGAAGGACAGCAGGCGCAGACAGGCCAAGCUGCAGAAGGAGCUGGCGGACGCCGCCAAGGAGCCGCUUCCCAUUGACCCGGACGACGACAUCGAGGUGCUUGCGGAGGAUGCAGGGAAGGACCGAGGAGAGACCUCCCCCAACAGACCGCUCAGUAGGACCCCCAGUAAAAAGAUCUCCCAGCCUCCUCCUGGUGGUCUGCUGGACUCCAUCUCCAACAUCUUUGGCAGGCGUCGACCCGCCAACUCUUUCAGCACGUCCCCCGAAAACACAGAAGCCCCGUCAGGAGUGUGUGCCGAGGUCCGGGUCCCCUCGACGGCGCUGCAUGUGUUUGAGGCCCAUGACGGCGAGGUGAAUGCUGUGCGGUUCAGCCCCGGCUCUCGUCUCCUGGCGACCGGAGGGAUGGAUCGCAGGGUGAAGCUGUGGGAGGUCGUCUCCGGUCGCUGUGAGCCUAAAGGAGCUCUUACUGGCAGCAACGCUGGAAUCACCAGCAUCGAGUUCGACAGCGCUGGCUCGUACCUGCUGGCGGCCUCCAACGAUUUCGCCAGUCGGAUCUGGACGGUCGAUGACUACCGACUGAGACACACCCUGACGGGUCACAGUGGGAAGGUCCUGUCAGCUCGCUUCCUAUUGGACAAUGCUCGCAUAGUCUCCGGGAGCUACGACAGAACGCUGAAACUCUGGGACCUCCGCAGCAAAGUCUGUAUGAAGACGGUGUUUGCCGGCUCUAGCUGUAACGACAUCGUAUGUACGGAGCAGUGUGUGAUGAGUGGACACUUUGACAAGAAAGUCAGAUUCUGGGACAUCAGGGCGGAGAGCAUCGUGAAGGAACUGGAGCUGCUGGGCAGAGUGACGUCACUGGACCUAAACCACGACCGCACCGAGCUGCUCACCUGCUCCAGAGACGACUUGCUGAAGGUCAUCGACCUGCGCACCAACGCUGUCAGACAGACCUUCAGUGCGCAGGGCUUUAAGUGUGGAGCUGAUUGGACCAGAGUGACCUUCAGUCCUGAUGGCAGCUACGUGGCGGGAGGAUCAGCUGACGGCGCUCUCUACAUCUGGAACGUCCUGACGGGGAAGGUAGACCGGACUCUGGACCGGAACCACAACUCUGCCAUAAACUCGGUGUCGUGGUCUCCUUCCGGGGCGUUCGUGGCGAGCGUGGAGAAAGGAAGCCGGGCCAUCCUGUGGUCUGAUGUCUGAUUGGCUGACGGAGGACGAGUUGGACGAUGGGACGUUUGUUGGACUCAGAAAGACUGAAAGACACUUUGAGUCUCAGAGGACGCUCCGAUACUACAAAAUAAAACCUUUAUUAACACAAAACUGCAGACUGUGUUAGUGUGUGUGUGUGUGUGAGACACUAGCCGUCUUUCCAUCAGGGUAAAGAUUGGCUGCUGGGAAAGUUUCAAGCCACACCCUCUCUAAUGUCCACUCACUCAGCAUGUCUCCAUUACAAAAAAAGGCCCCAGAGAGAUUUACGAGACUCAGGAGGUGACUUAUGGUUUUAGAUUGUCGUGUAAUCGAUUAGCAACAGUUUGGACCGUGAUGUCACAUACGCAACGGACCAAGCCAGCAUGGCUAACUGCAGAGUCGCCGCUGAUAUUUAAAAAAAAAAGAUUUGUCAUUUAUCAGACGAUUUUAUCCAAAGCGAUGUACAGAUGAGUUGAUA